UGAGGUCUAAAGGGCAAAAGGUUGUCGUAACUCGUCUCUUAUGGUGGCUUUGCGUCACGGAACAGAGAAUUGAAUCAGACAAGAGAAGGCCGCCCAUCUUUGUAGCUUUAACCGGAAUUCAUGGCGGUGCAAGCCGGUGUUCAGACCUCUAAGGUCCUUAUCCUCCUCGGCGCAGGUGUAUCUGGUUCGAUCGUAUUGAGACAUGGGAGGCUGUCUGAUCUUAUAGCCCAACUUCAAGACUUACUCAAAGGAGCUGAAGGAGUUGAAAGCACUCCAUUUAAGUAUGACGGUGCACUCCUAGCUGCUCAGAUUCGACAGCUUGCAAACGAGAUUAAGGAGCUUACUAUGACCAAUCCAGUUACCAUCUUUAAUGGAGAUUCAAACUCUAAUGGCUAUGCAUCUUACCUGGUUCCAGCAGCUGCUGUUGGAGCUAUGGGGUACUGCUACAUGUGGUGGAAGGGCUGGUCAUUCUCUGAUGCAAUGUUUGUGACAAAGAAAAAUAUGGCUGAUGCGGUUGCCUCUGUUUCGAAACAACUAGAUGAUUUGUCAGACACAUUAGCGUCAACUAAGAAACACCUUUCUAAGAAGCUAGCGACUUUGGAUUGGAAGGUGGAAGAGCAGAACGAGGCAUCUAAGAUGAUCUUAAGUGAUGUAACUGAGAUGAAAUCAAGUAUAUCACAAAUUGGUUUUGAUUUUAAACAACUUAAUGAAAUGAUUUCUGGAAUAGAAGGGAAGAUUGAAAGUCUUGAAAGCAAACAAGACGUGACCCUCUCAGGACUAUGGCAUCUAUGUCAAAUUGCAGGCGUUAAAGAAAGCACAAGCACUAAAGUCUUUCAGGAUGUUGGUGCAAGAUUACCCAUCGAUGGAAAACCAUCAACUACUAAUAAUCCUCUCUCGGGUCUGCGGUUUCUGACGGACGGCAAGGAUGCAGCCAACGUAAUACAGAAGCCGAAAGAAAUAGCAGUGAUGGCGGAACCGGUGGGGGAAAAAACAAAAGCCGUACCUGCGGCAAGACCAAGAGUUCAUAGAGCGUUUCCGGGUGGGAUAUCUUGGGCAAGAGAUGUUCCAGGACUAUCCUAAUUAUUAUUAUUUUGGUUGAUAUACAAAGAAUUUGCUUUUAUACUUCUCCCAGGUUCUGAUACUACUGGUUAGUACUGGGAGUGGCAAUUAUUUAUUUUUAUGUACAAAAGAAGAAAAGAAAAAUUCCAGCAAGUAAAGUAACACAUGUGAUGGCAUCCACCAACAUUGUAUUUUGCCCUAAUUAAUUUUUGUCUCCUCUUUGAUGUUUGUAAAGAAAGAGUGCGAAUAACGCUUUCACGUUCUGUUUGUGGAAUGAAAAAUAAAAUUGAUGGAUGGACCAUGGAUUCGUCUC